AUGAUGUACGGCUACCUGGCCAAGAUUUACUUUCCCGUCUUCUCCUGCUUCCUCGUCGGGGACUUUGCCGCUGUCAUCUACCUGGUCAUCUACUAUCACUACUCGGAUAACAAGCGAUAUCUUAUCCGCUCAAUCGUCACAACAGUCGUGAUCCUCUUUGUGCUGACAUUGUACGCCAUUCUCGGCGGCUUUGGGGUCACGAACCAGACGCGCCACGAGGUGAGCACGGUCUUGGGGUUCUUCGCCGACAUCGCCAGCGUCUGCCUGUACUGUGCGCCGAUGGAGAAGCUCUACAUGGUGCUCAAGCACAAGUCCGCGGCCUUCAUGAACCUGCCCAUGGUGCUCGCGGGCUACAUGAACGUCAUCUGGCUCACGUUCGGCAGUCUGCUGGGCAACUGGUUCAUGAUCUCCAUCAACAUCUUCUUCUUCUCCAUGAACUCGUUCACGCUGGUCGUGUACCACAUCUACGACCCCAAGACCCACCCGCUGGAGGAAGGCUAG